AUCUUCUUCCUCUUACAAAUCCCAGGAUAAGAGAAGUCUCUCUCCAAGUUAUCAUCUUUAAUCCCAGAUUAUGAAAAACUCUCUCCAAUAAAUGGAUCUGCAACAAAGGGAUUAAGGGAAACCCAUCUUCUUCCUCUUUUCAUUAUUACUUCUUUCUCUUUGUUUUCAUUAUCAUCUUGACAAAUGGCGAAGCCGGAGUCGGCGAUGCCGGUGGAGAAGUAGGUGUGGUUAUGGUUGAGAUCAAGGUAAAAGAGAUGGCUGGGGCAGAUGUUUGGAUACCCUGAUUGGGUUUACAUGGACUCUUGAUCCAUCAAGAGAUGCCAAUAUCUUUAAUCCCAGAUGUUUCGGGAUUCAUAUGCAUCUAGUUAAUUCUGAUUUUUUUACGAUUAAAGUGUAUCAUGGAGGACAUUAUUAUCAUAUAGAGAAGAAGUACAUAGGUGGAUGCAUCAGUUACUACGAUGAUGUGGACAAGGACAAAAUGAGCUUAACUGAGGUGUAUGGGAUGAUGAUGGGUAUCACUCGUUCUUAUGCUGGUAAAAGGAUUGAUUACUAUUACUCUAUAGGGUCUGAGGAAGAUAUAGUAGCCAAGUUGAAUAAUGAUGGAGAUGCGCUGAUGAUGUGUUGUUGUGUUCCAAGGGUGAGGCUUGUGAUUCUCUACCUUGACCAUAGAUACUUGGACCCAGAAAGCAAUGAGGAAGACGAUGAUCUGUUCAUGUAUGAGGAUUGUAUACCCUUAAUUGGGUUUAGUCAAGCUGGUAGCAGUGGGGAAAAGUGAUCAGUUGGAGUUGAAGAGCUCCUGCCAUCACACAAUAGGCUGCCUGAUUCAUCAUAGAAGCAUAAAAGGUCCAAGAGGUGUGCUAAUAGGAAAGGUAUGACUGCUUUGAAGAUAAAUGAGCCUCAAGACGAGAUUCCAACUCAAACAAGCAAGGCUCCCACAAUUAUUCCUUCUGAUAAAGGAAAGAAGAAAAAGGAAGAUGACUAUGAAGAUGAGUUUGGGUCUGAUUGUGAUGAUGCUUUUGAAGAUGGCUUGUUUAUAGAAGAUAAAUCUACUGAUUUGUAUGAACAUGAUUCCAACUCUGAUGAUGCC